ACAGGCGCGCCAAGAGAUUACGUCCACUUCCUCUGAUUCUCCAAACCUUCAAGCUUCUUCCUUUUUUGGAAGAAUUCAAUUAAUUAUUUAUUCUCUUUAACUAAACAAAUAUUUUAUCCAAACUAUUGUCAAAGUCCAUGCGAUAGAAUCAUCUUCAUCACCAAUCAUCAUCACCUUUCUCUGUCUAUACUUCUUCCUCUCUAAUGGCUGACUCCAAGGAACUCGGCACCGCGAGCCGCCGUAUCUCCGUCUUCACCAAUCAUCUCAUCCCCUUGGAAACAAUUCCAACUCGCGUUCACUCAGUGGAACUCUCUACUGCCUCGUCGAUGAAUGACAAUUACCAUAAGGUUCACGGUGAAGUGCCGACUCACCAAGUCGUUUGGAGAAAAGCUGAUCUCGUCGGUGACGACGGAGAAACGAAAGAGUUCGUUGACAUUAUAUAUGAGAAAGCCGUCGGUGAAGAUAUUGCCAAGAUUACUAUAAACCGUCCGGAGAGAAGAAACGCGUUCCGGCCUCAGACUGUGAAGGAGCUUAUGCGUGCGUUUAACGACGCCAGAGACGAUAGCUCUGUAGGAGUCAUCAUACUCACCGGCAAGGGAACGAAAGCGUUUUGCAGUGGUGGUGAUCAAGCGUUGAGGACACCAGAUGGUUAUGCUGAUCCCAAUGAUGUUGGUCGACUUAAUGUCCUUGAUCUCCAGGUUCAAAUCCGCAGACUGCCAAAACCAGUUAUCGCAAUGGUUGCUGGUUAUGCUGUUGGAGGAGGACAUAUCUUGCACAUGGUCUGUGAUCUAACCAUUGCAGCUGAUAAUGCUAUUUUCGGUCAGACGGGUCCUAAGGUUGGAAGUUUUGAUGCUGGUUAUGGAAGUUCAAUCAUGUCUCGUCUGGUUGGUCCUAAAAAGGCACGAGAAAUGUGGUUCAUGACAAGAUUCUACACAGCUUCGGAAGCAGAUAAAAUGGGACUUAUCAAUACAGUUGUACCGCUAGAGGAUUUGGAGAAAGAAACUGUGAAAUGGUGCAGAGAAAUCUUACGGAACAGCCCUACUGCAAUCCGUGUUCUUAAGGCAGCACUCAAUGCAGUCGAUGAUGGCCAUGCUGGACUUCAGGGGCUAGGAGGUGAUGCGACGCUGUUAUUCUAUGGAACCGAAGAAGGCAUAGAAGGAAGAACAGCUUAUAUGGAACGUCGACCACCGAACUUCUCUAAAUUUCCCCGGCGACCUUGAACUCACUACUAAGCUCAGUUCAGGUGUUUUCAUGUCAAACAUUCAAUCAAAUUCCUUUGUUUUGAUUGCCAAAUUUAUUCCAGACUUCAACUAUUACACACAAUGAAUAAUAAUAAUAAUAAUACUUUAUCAGAGCUUUA